AUGGUCAGUUUUGAUGUUCAGUCUCUAUUUACAUGCCUACCUGUUGAAGACUGCAUCUCAAUUGUAACUAGGAAACUAGCGGAAAAUAACAUGCCAGCAGAAUAUGCAGUAUUACUCAGACAUUGCCUUACAUCUGGCUAUCUAUUGUGGAAGGAACAGUUUUACAAGCAAGUAGAUGGUGUUGCGAUGGGCUCACCAGUAUCUCCCAUUGUCGCCGAUAUUUUCAUGGAGGACUUUGAGGAGAAAGCCCUGCUUACUGCACCAGUAACUCCAAGUUUCUACAAGCGAGAGCACGAGGGAUCUGUGACAGCAAACACCUGGCCGCCGAGCUUCAGCACGUCAAGCAGGUUCUGCACGACAACAAGCUUCGGGUUCCGCGCCUACGGCACAGUGACCGAGUGA